AUGUCCAAGGAGGAAUAUCGGGAUAUUGUCCGCAGGAUCAAGUCAGAAAGCCUUGGUACUGUUGAUCAUGGAUCUCCUGGACAUCCCAUACAAGUUAGUGGUUCUGGGUAAUAAAGUGGACUUGAAAACUACUUGCAAAGGAUUAAAUGUCAACUUUCCCAGUACUGUGCUCAUGUAGGCAUUUCCAGUGAUAAUAUCAAAGAUACCCACCUCAUUAGUGCCAAAACGGGACACGGAAUAGAAAAUCUCAUCGCAAAUCUUCAGAGAUCGUGGAAGUACAAUGGAGACGUGUAUCUAGUGGGAACGGCCAACACCGGGGAAAUCCAACACUGUUUAACAGUCUACUGGAGUCAGACUACUGCAUAUCCAGAGCCUCGGAUGUGAUCCACAAAGCAACCAUAUCUCCAUGGCCUGGUAAAAUGGAGCUCUGCCCAGCCUGAAUGUAAUCCACAGUUACUAUAAAAUACAUUAUUAUUUAUGGAACACUCUUCUUUGUGUAUUGUUGCUGCAAUCAUUAGUCUUGAAUUAGCUUUACAUUCUAACCACUUUUACAGUCACAUUGAUAGAGGGCUUAAUUCAUACUUACAUUUGUUUACAGAAACUGAAGUCUCUACAAUGUUGAUCUUCUUCAAUUGACUUUAAAAUGUAAUACUGUAUUAUCCACAGGUACAACGCUGAACCUUCUGAAGUUCCCCAUCAUCAACCCCAUUUGGUACUGCAUGUUCAGGAGGUCCAAGAGGCUCCAGAGCGCCUCCAAGCAGACAGAGAGUGAUCUCUCUCCACAGGAUCUCAAGAGACUGGAACAGUUCAGCAAGCAGGGCUUCCUAGUG